AUGACCGAAGAAACUCAUAACGCGCCCGUUGAACCAAACGCAGUUGAAGAGCCAUUGGAUUUGGUCCGUUUAUCACUUGAUGAACGAAUAUAUGUGAAAUUACGCGGGGAUCGAGAAUUACGUGGAAAACUCCAUGCAUACGAUGGUCAUUUGAAUAUGGUUUUAGGGGACGUCGAAGAAACUAUUACAGUCGUAGAAAUCAAUGAAGAAACUUACGAAGAAGUGAUUCGUACGGUGAAAAGAACAUCAGAAAUGUUAUUUGUACGCGGUGAUGGUGUAAUCUUGGUUUCUCCACCGGUCAGAACUGGCGCGUAA